GAAGUUAUGAGGGACCCAGUGAGUAGCCAGUACAACUCGUUUCUUUUCUGGAGGAUGCCCAUUCCGGAAUUGGAUCUGUCAGAGCUGGAGGAUCUGGGUCUGUCCGAUGCAUCUACCUACCAGAGCAAAAAUAGCACCACUGGGAAAAUGACCGGGCAAGCCACCGGAGCAGAGCAGAAGACACCCGAAGGUGACGUCCUCCUGGAGUACAGCACCUUCAACUUCUGGAGGGCGCCCAUAGCCAGCAUCCACUCCUUUGAAUCGGAAUUACUCUGAGGCCAAGACUUCUCUCCCUCCACCUGUCCUGUUUUCCCUCCCAAGCCCCUUCCCACCCUUCCCCCAUUUUAAUCUUGCUACUCCCCUCUCUCGCGUGGAGGUGGUGCCAGAGUUGUGUUGUAUUUAUUUAUUUAUUCAUGUAUUUAUUUAUUUAUGGAUUUGUCUUACUGAUUUCUCUCAAAACCUUCAAGGCACAAAAGGGUUCAAGCCAAGUCUUUGUUCCCAGAUAUUAAUUCCAGGAAAGAGGCCUGAUGGGGGCACCCAAGAGUAAUGCAGGAGUUUAAAAUGGAGGGCUAAUUUUUCCCCCAUUUUAAUCAGCUUCAGAUUGCUCAGAUCUCCUAAUGUCUUGCAACUGGGAGUAAACACUAAGAGUUCUUUAAGGGUCGAUGAAAACAUUUGCAGUUUUAAUUUGAUAUUUGCUGCGAGAACGGUGGAUUUCUAAGAUUGCUUAUCGAUCCUGCUUGUUAGACGCUUGCAGAGAAAGUACAGGAGGUGGUAUAAAAUGAGAUUGUACAUCAUGUGAAAUGGGGAGGGAAAGGCACGAAACUAUUUCUGAAAUUGCCAUAUUGCUAGAUUGAGCCUGUCCACUUUACAACUUUGCUCCUGUGCGCUGAAAAAUGCCGAGAAAAAGAAUUGAUUUUCGGGGCUAGGGAUAUGCGGUUCUUCCUGGCUAUGAGCCUCUGGAUUUGAUUCCCAGCAUAUAUUAAAAAGAAAGUUAAGAUCAAAAAGAGAGAAAACUACUAAUUUCAGGUCUCAAGACGCAGUCGUGCUGUUAUAAAAGUUCCGAGCAGCAGAGCGUUGGGUGACUAGUAUUUGAUUGCCUUUGAUAAUUUACAAAGCCCAGUUGACAAUUGGACCUGUCAGUUGUGUAACAUGUCAGCACAGGUCUUGAGCUCACUGGAGACCUUGAGAUGCAGUUUUCCUGAUCGGACACCUUGUCUCCCUCCUCCCCAGGACGACUGCUGCCAACUUGUGCCAUUCACUUUU